AUGAUCAAAGUUUAUAACCAGAGCAAUUUGUAUAGAAAAGCUUUGGUUUUAUAUACUGAUAUGCUAAAAGAGGCCAUUGAGCCUGAUACUUACACUUUUACCUUUCUAUUGAAGGCAUGUACUGGAAUUUUGUGUUUGGAUAUGAAUUUUUCUCUUCAUGGGGAGGUUGUUAAGAGAGGAUUUGGACUAGAUGGUUACAUUUGCACUGGCCUAAUUGAUAUAUACUGUAAAUUUGGUUACACCGAAUUCGCGAGAGAAGUGUUUAAUAAAAUGAGUGAGAGACAUGUGGUGGCUUGGAAUGCGAUGAUUUAUGGUUAUUCACAAGUUGGUGAUCCUAAAAAGAUGCUGAAAGUGUUUAGAGAGAUGCAAAUGGUGGGCAUUGAGGCCAAUUCAAGAGAGUUCGAGCUUCCGAUUUUUAAUGGGUUGAUCGAUCUCUAUGCAAAAUAUGGAAAGGUGGAAGCUUCUCGUCGAAUCGUUGAUAGACUUUUGAAGAUAGAUGACGUUUCUUGA